AUGAGAGAUCUACAUUCCUUACCAUCUGGGUGGCGGCCAGACCAUGCCACACGCAACAACGGCCCUGAUUACUUGGCUCAUGAACGAUACAAACUCCGUGAACUGGCCGAGGGAUGGCCAAUGUAUCGUGAUGCUUGCGAGUGGGAGAACUUAGAAUCGAUCUUCCAUCCGGAUGCCUACAUUUACACGACUUGGACUGGACGGAUGUACUAUCGAGACUUUAUUACUGCAUCGCAGAAGGGCAUGGACAACGGUGCAUUCAUUAUGCACCGAGUCCAUGGUUCAACUACAGAUAUUGAACCAACCGCAAACAGGGCAGUCACGAAAAUGAAGGCAACCAUAACGCAACGAUUCACGCUUGAUGGGUGCGAAGUAGAUGCCGAAUCUGAUUGUCGAUUUUGUUUCUUUUGGGAAAAGAAUAAGAAUGCGCAUGAAGGUGAAGGUGAAUGGCGAGCCCGGUAUGUCCGACAUUGGUACGAGAAGGACAAACUGAUUCCGGUGGACCCGAGGAAGAUCCCGAAUAUUGACGACGAAAAGCUGGAAAAAUUCCCCUGUGGGUAUCGAUAUUUGGCUUAUUGCCAGGAGGCGACCAUGGGGGUUAAGGUAUUGUUAGACAUGCCUGGUCAUCGUAGAGAGGGGCAUAAUAUCAAUGGGCAGAAGCAUGAUCUUCUAUAUUGGCUAUGUAAGCAGUGGUUGGAUGGGCAAAACGUCGACGUUUGA